UGAUUUUUCUCACUUUGACAGUUCGACCGAUGUUUUGAGCUACCACCCGCGUUCGUCAGCAAAGUAAACAAAAAUCAUGGCUUUAGACUUCUCAGCGACGUACAAACUAUUAGUUUUGGGUGAUUCGAAUGUAGGCAAGACUUGCAUAGUGCACAGAUAUUGUGACGAGAGAUAUUACGAUAUUUACAUAUCCACAAUAGGAAUAGAUUUCAAACAAAAGAUCAUCAAUUUGGAUGGGGUGCCAAUAAAGCUACAAAUCUGGGACACUGCUGGCCAGGAAAGGUUCAGAACUCUUACUACGGCGUAUUACCGAGGUGCCAUGGGUAUAAUCCUUAUGUACGAUAUAACUAAUCUCGAAUCAUUUAACCAUUUAUCUUAUUGGUUGAGGAAUAUUCAAGAGUACGCGUCUCCAGAUGUUAUCAAAGUAUUAGUUGGCAAUAAGUGUGACGUGCAUGAGAACCACCGCGCUGUUCCCAGGGAGAGAGGUCAAAAGAUUGCUGAUGACUUUGAUAUGCCAUUCUUCGAAGUAUCUUGUAAGAACAACAUUAAUAUAGAGGAAGCCUUUAUUACUUUAGCAAGAAAAAUAAGGGAAUACAGAUAUACUAAGGCGGAUGCAUUUGAAUUAAAGGAGAGGGAGAAUGUUAUCAAGCCUUCAGAUUCUGAGAGCGAUGUUUCAAAGUGCAGCUGUUAACUUGACUUCUAGAAGCUUGAAACAAUUGACUGGAAGCAACAGACAGAAGACACGAAGAAUGUGAAUAUUAAAGGAUUGAGUAAAGUUCAUUUUCAAGAUCUUUUUGCGUCUUUACGCAUUGCACAACAUAAGCUGCGUAAGAUUUCCUAUAGCUUUAACUCGGUAAACGUCAAAUGGAAUUAAAUCUGUAUUUGCUGUGAGACUUGGAAAUGAACUAUAUUGUUGCGAAGUAUGUGAAUGUAUUUAAAUAUUGUUUGGUGUCUGUUGCGAAAUUGGUUUGGAUAUUGUACAGAAAAUCUUGUUAACAUUUUACGUGUAAUAAAGUUCUUCUUUAAAUAAACUGUUAUAAAAAUCAAACGUAAAUUACGCUUAGGAUGUUAACAUGAUCGUAAGAUUUUCAUUGCAAGUCACUACGAAACAUUUCAAAAUUCAUCGUGAAUUAUAAAUCUAAUUAAUAACUUAGUUUUUAUAGUAUUUGAUAGAACAGAAGUAGUUAUUACAGUGACACUAUCGUAACGUAAGAACAUUAUUGCUAUCUCUUUUUUAUUUAUGAAGAAUGAAAAGGAUGGCAGUAUUGUUGCAAUGUGUUGCUAUAGUGAAAAAUCACCGUUAGUUUUAAUAUCUGUACAGGCAUAAGACGCUUGGCUAUUAUGAAUCUUGCACAUUUUCAGAAUUUGUAGUAUUCUAUCAAGUUUUGUAGUUACUUGCUACGAAAUAUUUAGUUAAGCUUCAUACAAUGUUAGUGGAAAAGACUUUUGUUGUCUAUGACUUUGUUAUCUAUAUAGUUGAAUGUUUUUAAUAAAUUUGACUGUGGCAUUUGGUGAUACUUCGAUUUUGAUAUGAUGAUCUCUGAUAGUUUAAUUUUUAAAACUAUAUGCAAACAAUUAUGAAACAAAACUGUCAGAGUUCUCUAUAUAAUCAAUAAAAACCUUUUUGCAUCAAGCGAUUAGCUACGCACGUGUUGAUUGCUAAUAUAAAGGGCACCGUGUUGGUUCCUUAGUGGAAAAAGGGUUUAAAAUGGGAAAGCUUGUCUAUAAAGAUUGUAAAUUGCACGCAUCGAUGCGCUGCCUUACAUAUACUAAUACGUCAUCCAGAUUUGAGACAAUUGUAAAUUGUCAUAAAGCAAAAACUCAUUCACAAACAAGAUAUUUAGGGGAAUUUAAAAAACCUAUACGAAAAGAUGGUUAUCUCUUUUUAUUUCUAGGAAAAUGAGGGAGAUAAUUUCAUGUUUUGCAGUGUAAGCCAACGGUUACAUAGCUGUAAUUGUUAAUUGAGGGACAUCGUAUUUAUUUCGUAAACUUCGAUUCUGAAUAAAUUGACAU